UCGAAAGGCAGUAACAGAGCCGUUUGGGAGGCACACUGGGGCAGCGGCCAGGGGGCGAGGACGAUAAACCAUCUGAGGUCGUAGUUGUAGUCCGCACCAAAGAUCGUAUAGCGCCUUUGGUCCGCACACUACACACACAAGUCCGCAUCAUCAUCAACAAACAAGAGGGCGCUAAGCGGGAAUUCAACGUGCGUGACACGAGGGGCAAUAGUGACUAACACUCUGUCGUGGUUCGUCUUUGAACUUGACAUUUUUGCCUUUUUUUAACUCAACAGCUCGAUCCAGCUAUAUAAGUUUAACUUUGAGAAAAUUCAGGGUCAUCCAUUGACGGAGCUCAUCAAGACACGCCUCAAGUAGCUGAAGAGCUUGGGUAGAUUCUGACUGAACAGGCUUAACUGAGACGUAAUAUCUGAGUAUCAUCUGCAUAACAGUGAUAGUGCUCAGACCAUGACGCUGGAUAAUAUCCGCUAAUGGACGUGUUUUGACUAUUCGUCAUGAAGUACAUCCUUGUAUCUGGAGGUGUAAUCAGUGGGAUUGGUAAAGGUGUGAUUGCAUCUAGUCUUGGUAUGCUUCUAAAGGCUUGUGGGCUUAGAGUUACAUCAAUCAAGAUAGAUCCAUAUCUAAAUAUUGAUGCUGGAACAUUCUCACCAUAUGAACAUGGAGAGGUAUACGUUCUUGAUGAUGGUGGGGAAGUUGACUUGGAUCUUGGAAACUAUGAACGUUUCCUUGACAUAACUCUUCAUCGUGACAACAACAUUACUACUGGCAAAAUCUACCAGAGUGUAAUUAGCAAGGAAAGGAAAGGAGAUUAUCUUGGAAAAACAGUUCAAGUUGUACCACACAUCACCAAUGCUAUACAAGAGUGGGUAGAAAGAGUUGCGCUUAUCCCAGUAGAUGGAGACCAAGCAUCACCUGAAGUCUGCAUCAUUGAGCUUGGUGGGACAAUUGGUGACAUUGAAGGUAUGCCCUUUGUUGAGGCUUUCCGCCAGUUCCAAUUUCGUGUCCAUCGGGAUAAUUUUUGCUGUGUGCAUGUGAGCCUAGUUCCUCAGCCGAAAUCCACAGGAGAGCAGAAGACUAAACCGACACAAGCAAGCAUCAGAGAGCUGCGUGGGUUGGGACUUUCACCUGAUUUAAUUGUGGCCAGAAGUCAUAAUCCAGUGGUUGAUAGUGUCAAAGAAAAGAUCUCAAUGUUCUGCCAUGUGUCUGCACAGCAGGUUAUCUGUGUUCAUGACUGUACAUCAGUUUACAGUGUACCGCCACUUCUUGCUGAUCAAAACAUUGUUCACUACCUCCAACAAAGACUCUCUCUCAAUUUUAGACAUCGCCCUAGACGUCUGCUUAACAGUUGGAAGGAGUUGGCACACAGGUACAAUACCACUAGCAAGGUUAUCACUAUUGCGCUUGUUGGAAAGUACACUAAGUUAGAGGAUGCUUACAUCUCUGUCAUGAAAUCAUUGCUUCACGCUGGACUUGCCUGUAAAUGUAAAGUCUCUAUCAAGUUCAUUGAGGCAGAUGACCUUGAGCAAUCUACAUUAGAGAAAGAACCAGUGAAGUUUCACGAAGCCUGGCAGCAGCUAUGUAGCAGCAAUGGGGUGUUGGUACCAGGUGGAUUUGGUGUCCGAGGAACUGAAGGCAAAGUCGCUGCAGCAAAGUGGGCUAGAGAAAACAAGAAACCGUAUCUUGGUGUUUGCCUUGGAUUGCAGGUAGCAGUGAUUGAGUUUGCUCGUAAUGUAUUGGGUUGGAAAGAUGCUCAUUCUGAGGAGUUUGAUCCAAACUCCACUCAUAAAGUGAUCAUUGAAAUGCCGGAACAUAACACUGGUCAGAUGGGAGGAACUAUGCGCCUGGGCAAAAGGACAACCUUAUUCAAGGCAGACAGCUCAGUCCUUAAAUCCCUAUACGGAGGCAAGGAGAGUAUUGAGGAGCGCCAUCGCCACCGCUAUGAGGUAAACCCAAGAUAUAUAGAAGAAUUUGAGUCUCAAGGAAUGAAGUUUGUUGGUCGAAGUGUGGAUGGUGAAAGAAUGGAAAUUUUGGAACUUGAAGGUCAUCCUUACUUUGUUGCUGUUCAGUAUCAUCCAGAGUAUAUAUCUAGACCUAUGAAGCCUUCAGCACCCUACCUUGGCCUUGUCUUAGCAUCCAUUAACCGUCUUAAUACAUACAUUGCCCGUGGUUGCCGUCUGUCCCCUCGUAACUCGUUCAGUGAUACAGAAUCAUCAGACACUGAGGAGGAGAUGGCUGCGUUAAUGAGCAAGUCAUUAUCAUUUACUAGUCAAGAAUCAAGUCCUCAGCAGUUGUAAGAGUUUGUUAAC